AACCUGGAGAAACCAUUAUUUGAGCGUUUAAUUUUUCUUUUUUAGCAGCAGGAUGAAUUACUCGACGUAUUAUUGUCGGAAAGUGUCGUGCUUGGCCGAGUAACCAGGCCAAAAAUCCAAUAUGGUGGACGAAGUGGUUCUUUCGUGAAAUGAUAGUUUAUAUAUGGUUUAUAUGACUUUUACCGAAUGUAACUUCAUUAAGAACUUGGGAUAGCGUGCAGAAAACCUUAUAAAGUUCUGAAAGUUAAAAUAGAGGGAAUACAUUAUGUUUUACGGUGUAUUUAUGGGGCGGACUUGCUGUAGGUUUUCGACUUCAAGGUUUGAAAUAUUGCGUCAUUUUUCAGGAUUAAGUGUGCAGCAAAGCAGGAAUAGGGUACAUGGUUCGUCGAAACAUUUAUGUUUAUCAAGAGUUGUUUCUCGAAGAACUUACAGCACACAAGGAGAUAAAGUUUUAAACGCAGAACAAACUAAGCAUUUGGAAAUACAUGCAGGAGAUCUUCCCAAAUUAACGAACGAAAACACUAAUAAUGAUUUUGAUAGUAAUAUACCAGAGUUAUUCGAAGGAGAUGAUGAUACGUCUGACCCUUGCGCAGGACUUGAUUUCAAUGAUACGACAAACGAAAAUGUUGAUGUGUCAAAAAAUACGAAUGAGUUUGCGGGAGAAAGUAUAGAAGAUGAACGGUUUCCAAUACCAUCAGAGCCGCUUGAUAAAGGUUGAGACCUUUUGCUUUAUAUAUAUUGUAAUGCAUUCAUCAGAUAAAGUACAAGAAAAGCUGCCGACUACCUUGCUUAUAUGCCUAUUAAAUUAACAACUUAUAACUUUUUAAGUAAUAAGUAUUAAUUAUUAUAUUGAUACACUGUUUGGAAUAGUUCUGGUGUUUUCGUGUGUAAGGAAAACGGACGGAGUAUUCUAUAAUCGCUCCACACCAUGCAUUAAACAAACUUCGAAAGAUUCCCCAAAACUUUUCACUAAGGUUUUCUAAACUUUGCUCUCGUUAUUCCGAAGCAAAGAACUUUCUAAGAUCAUGAAUUUCGAACUAUGCUGCAAAAACAGAAAUUUUCACGUCAAAAUUUUGUAUAUAUAGCAGCCUGUUGCCUUUAUAUCAUAAACGGCUUCUUCGAAAUAAUUCGAAAUGAAAGCAGCUAAAUGAAUUUCAAGCUUCACCAAGUUCGAAAUUCGCAAAGAAAUUUGUGAGUUCGUGGGCUGUGGCCAAUUUCAGAAAUAACAAAUAAAGUUGUAAAAUCCUCUGUAGGAGUUUGUAAUACUUAUUUAACUAAACUUCUUUAACCACUAAUUUCUUUGUUGGAAAUUCUAGCGAAGAUUUACUCCUGCCUUAAAGCGUUUUUCAGUCAUCGUCAAGUUGAAGCAGAGGCAAAAGAACAUGGCUUAGAUAGUAAGAAAUUACGACGUGACAUUUUAAUAUCAAUUCUCUUUUUUCUGCGCUAAAAACCUGUCUUUCUUAUAGGAAAUUUAUUUGUAGAGACGUUUAAGAGUUUUAGAAGAAAUAUUUUCAAAGAAGCGAAAGUCGAUACAGAUCUUUAUAACAUACUUUAUGAAUUACAAAAUGGCAUAGGUAAUAUUGUGUCAGAGUUACUGAUAAACUUGUUACCUUGUAUUAUGAAUUUUCCCCCGGCCUUUAUUUUUCGAACCUAUAGCGUAUACACACGAAGUUUUUACAACGCCGCAAUCACACUGUCUUCCUAAAUUUAGGCCAUGUAGACGACUUGCUACCGUACUUUCUCAGCUAUGCUAAACGAUUGUAUCCAGUGUUAGAUUGCCUGGAAGAGUUAAAAGAAAUUAGCGAUUUCAGAGGACCAUCUGAUCUGUAAGUACAGUAUAAUAGAGGGUAGAGUGACAUGUGAUACGAGUCAUUCCUUUGACUCUAGCUGUCUAGCAAGUCAGGGAACAGUACAGAUAGAUCUCAUCAGUCUAGAUAAAGUUAGUUUGGUUCACGUUUCCUCAUGUUGUGGCACUGGAUUAUAACGAGAUGCCCCUUACUGGAUCUCUACGUAAAACAGUUUAGCAUUAUGAUAGGGCUAUAAGGUUGGUUUUUCCCUACCAACGAAUGCGCAGUUAAUUUUCAAACUACUGUUUAAGCAGACGUCACUUAUACUUUAACAUAACAUCUUAUUAAAAAGCGAAAGUAGUAAAUUGCAUGUUUCUAUGCCUAGAUUCCCUGAAGCUCGCGCGAUGAAAAGAAAGUUCAUCUUCCACGCAGGUCCUACGAACAGCGGUAAAACACACAAGGCAUUGGAAAGAUUCCAGAAUUCAAAAUCCGGUAUCUAUUGUGGACCUCUCCGACUGUUGGCGUCUGAAGUCUACCAGAAAACUAACGAUAAUGUAAGAAUUGUGAUGUGAUCAGAAGAAUUUUUGUUCCUAUACACGUAUAAUAAUAUAUAUAAUUGUGGUAUUCAAGGGCAUUCCAUGUGAUCUGAUAACCGGAGAAGAAAGGCGAUGGGCAGUAUCAGAAAAGGAACCUUCAAAUCACCUGGCUUGCACUGUGGAAGUGUGCUCUGCCACACGUGAAUGUAACCAUCUCAAAGUUGUUUUAUGAUUAUCUUCUAAAAUAUUAUUUGUACAGAUGAAGAAGAUUCAAUCUUACGGAUCGAAAACCGGUCUGAAGCUGUGCUGUGCAAAAUAUAUAGUCGUGGUGCUUUACACAAAAACGACCAUGCAUAUAUUUGUGGCCAUGCAUGCAAACCUGCGAAUAUCUUAUUUCUGCGCUUGUUUUUCAGAUGAUUGUGCUGUUAUUGAUGAGAUACAAAUGAUAGCCGAGUCUGAGAGAGGGUUUGCGUGGACUAAAGCCUUACUUGGUAAUAUGUAUAAAAAUGAAAACAUUUAUACGACGAGUUUGGAGUGAUCUCUUUUGGAUGAAAGAAUGUUGAUGGUUUAGCAACCGAUACGAGGAAGACGAUGGUGGAAAGACGAGAUCUUUCAAUAGACCUUUCCCCCUAUCAGUGAAAUUUUGAUCUAGAUAUGCCUGGACAAAAAUUUCAUCCCAGCUUGAAAGAGCAUCACAAAAUUAGUAAUAUUCCAAAGUUUCGUUGCGAAAUGUUGUAAAAUGCGGAUAAUAUAGCCUUGCGAAGUUCGCCGUUUUUCAGUCAUUUUGCAUUACAAACGGGAAAUUGAUAAUCAGAUGAUCAAACUGAUUAUCAAUUUCCCAUUUGUAAUACAAAAUGACUGAAAAACGGCAAAUUCGCAAGGCUAUAUUAUCCGCAUUUUACAACAUUUCGCAACGAAACUUCGGAAUAUUACUAAUUCUGUGAUGCUCUUCCAAGCUGUGAUGAACUUUUUGUCCAGACUUGUCUAGAUCAAAAUUUCACUCAAAAGGGGAAAGGUCUAAAUUCUAUUUACCACCAAGUACUACUACAUAUUAUGAAAAGGAUUAACAUCGUUUUCCCACUCUGAUAACUACCGAUUGAUCACCGCUGCUAGAAAAUAGUUCUUUAGUGAAACCCACUUAUAAAUACGAACAAAUCUCGGCACUGAGAAUUUCAUAUUUGAUUAUUCAGGUUUGCUAUCACCUGAAAUACACUUAUGUGGCGAGCCGACUGCAAUAGAUCUUAUCAAGAGGUUGGUCGAUUCUUGUGGAGAUGAUUUCGAGGUGAAAUUUAGGCACUAGAAUUGCCAUUUUUAAUUUUUACUUUUCUUUGGGAAAGGUGAAUUAAACUUGCCUCUCGUAGGAUUUGAAGAUACGAUUCCUCACAUUCAAUACUAUAACUAUAGUAGUAUUGCUAUCACAACUAUUAACUACGUGUUUAUGCCUGGUUUGUGCGUAGGUUGUAUAUCAUGAACGUCUGACUCCGCUAGAAAUAGAAAGUACAAGUUUAGGUCAGUAUUUUCUCUAAUUCUCUUGACCUUUAACAUUAGUGUUUGUUGGUUGAUAUGUUUAAUAAUAGUUUCUUAAAGCUGGAAAGCUAGUAUACAUAAACUCUAGUCUGUCGUAGUACGAGUCCAUUAUUUCUUUGCGCUGCUAAUAGUGUACAAACUUUUCAGAUAGUGAUUUUUCAAAGAUUGAACGUGGGGACUGCAUUAUCGCUUUUUCUCAAAGAGAGUUGUACAGGAUAAGAAAGAUUGUAGAAUCCGCUUCAAAGUGGAAAUGUGCUAUUGUUUAUGGUGGAUUACCGCCAGGUAUAUAAUGCAAUUAAUGUAAUGUAGUUUAAUCUCGUUGUAACGCCAAUGUAAUAUAGUGUAAUGUCAAUUGAAUGUAAUGUAAUGUGGAUGUGCCAGUGCAGUGUGGUGUGGUGUAAAUGUAAUUUUGUUGGUAUUACUUUUUUCAUUAGCAACAAAAGUUGACCAAGCGAGGCGGUUCAAUGAUCCGAACGACAACUGUAAAGUUCUUAUUGCAUCCGAUGCUGUUGGAAUGGGAUUAAAUCUGUAAGUAGAGUUGUCGAUGUCCUAAGGCGGCUUUAAAUGGAAUCAUUUGCUGUGUUACACGCCAUUCUUAGAGAUAAACUUCACGAGCAGCGUUCGAAACGCACGUUGAGGGGUAGUCUGACUUAGGUAUUUGAGAACCUUUUGGACCACAGGUAAGAAACCUUACUCUUGCCAGACUGUGGACUCUGCUUCGGGGUGAUUUCCCAGAACACUGCGACGGAGAGGGGGUUGAUUCCCUAGAACAUUGCCGUAUUCCUUCAGUGAUGAUCGCGUCCCAUAAUCAGCACCCCGUCCACCACCAGAUUAAGUUGGAUUCUUUCAAAAGUACAUAAUCUUUUCCUCUACACAGAAACAUCCGAAGAAUAGUUUUCAGUUCGAUGGAGAAGUACGAUGGUACACAGAUGUCGACAUUGUCUUCUUCUCAAGUUAAACAGAUCGCAGGUCGAGCAGGAAGAUUUGGCACGGAAUAUCAUUCUGGUUUGGUUACAACGUGAGUCAAAAGCAAUCUACAGUAUACUGUAAUGGGUUUAAACACGCUGUCGGUUGAGCGCAGGCCCGUCUAGCCACCUUCAAACAUUAAUACUCUGCCUUGAUUUGUAAAUAAGAUGCAAAUCUUUAAUGCAUCCAUUACUCCAUAGUUUUAAGGCCGGACUAUCCAGAAUAAAUAUUUACUCUAAAAUUCUGAACAGCCUUCACGAAGAAGACUUGGCAACAUUGCGUGACCUGAUGAGUCAAGGAAGUGAAAAUAUAAAGGUAAUUUCCAUGAGUCAAGGAAGUGAAAAUAUAAAGGUAAUUUCCAUGAGUCAAGGAAGUGAAAAUAUAAAGGUAAUUUCCAUGAGUCAAGGAAGUGAAAAUAUAAAGGUAAUUUCCAUGAGUCAAGGAAGUGAAAAUAUAAAGGUAAUUUCCAUGAGUCAAGGAAGUGAAUAUAUAAAGGUAAUUUCCCAAGUGAUGCAUGAAGAAUAUGUCGAUGUAUUGGAAGAAAUAAAGAACUGUGUGAUAAUCAUUGAUUUAUUGUUCUAUUGCAUCGCUAUUUGUUGUUUUAUAUUUUCUUUGCUAGGAAGCAGGCAUUGCUCCUACAUCUGAGCAAGUAGAAAUGUUUUCAUAUCAACUUCCGAAAGCUUCUUUGAAAAAGAUACUUGUAAGUUAAAACAGAUUUCUAAGCUAAAACUGAAAUAUUUCAAUCCAAUAUUCAAGCAUCUUAAUAAUAAUUCAUACUUACGUUUCUGUCUGCUGUUUCAGGAAACUUUCUGUGGUUUGUCGCAAUUGAGCGGCAACUAUUUUAUCUGCAGUUUGGGAAAGAAAAAAGUAGGUUUUAGUUAAGUCAUAAUUAGAAAGUUUAACAGUUGGCGACUGCACCCCACGGUAUGACAUUAAUGUCCGCCUUGGCUUAAAACAAUUGAUUUUGUACUUUAGGUCACAGCAGAGUUAAUUGAGAAUAUUCCAUUGGCUAUCCGUGAUCGUUACACAUUGUUAAUGUCACCAGCGGACUGUCGACUGCCGUUUACCAGAGUUAUGUUAGUUCGGGUAGGUAUCAUCUGUUCACUAUCCUCGGAGUCAAAACAAGAAUAAGUUUGUGAUAUUUAGAUUUUAUUCCAAAAUCAUCAUCACACUAACGUUUUAAUUCUCGGCUGGUAUUGGGUUUUAUUUAACCAUAUUGUUUUCUUCUAGUUUGCUCGAGCGAUGAGUUCUGGCAAGAUCAUUUCAGCAGAAGGAUUACGCCGAGUGAUUGGUUGGCCUCCAAGUAGACCAACAUCAUUAAGAUCGAUGCAAGAACUAGAAGUACUACACGAAUCAUUUGAUCUCUAUUUAUGGCUAAGGUACACGUUUUGGUUUUCCUAUCAGUAAGAUCACGAAUUUAAAUGAGUUACUUUUGUUCCAUUCUAUGCAACAUUAGAAAGUUUCAGAUUUGACUCCGCUACCUCUCAUUGGCUUAGUCCGCAUCUGAUUGGUUAAUCGGAUAUGUAUGAAACGCAUCUGAUUGGUUAAUCGGAUGUAUGAAACGCAUAUGAUUGGUUAAUCGGUUAUAUGAAACGCAUCUGAUUGGCUAAUCGGUAAUAUUAAACGCAUCUGAUUGGUUAAUCGGAUAUAUCAAACACAUCUGAUUGGUUGAUAGUGCCUUAAUGGUAGUGAAAUCUGAAUCUCUCUAUUAUCAUAACAGUGAUAACUAGGCAUGCGAGUUAUCAAAAAAUCGGUUGGCCGGUUAGUUCUAUUGGUGAAAAGGUUUCUUUGCUGCUUUUGGUAAAUUAUGAUCAAUUAAUACCAAUGAUCAUUUCACACUGGUUCGGUGUUUCUCGAUAUUUCUUCCAGCAGCACUGUUUUUUUCCAGUUACCGUUAUCCUGAGAUUUUCGUUGACCGGGAGAAGAUCCGGGCUAUGCAAAGUCAACUACAAACUGUCAUCAAUAACUCGCUUUCAUCAAGUAUCGCACUUACUGGAAUUUUACCUCAGUCAACCGCUGUUACUACGGAUCGCAAAGGAAAUAAAGACGGGGAACAUAGAAUUAUUCGGGGUAGUAAGGAGGGUCAAGACAUUCGUGUGGUGAACAAAACUACUCAUUCGAGUAAUCAGCAAAGAAUAAUGGCAUUCGAACCUGGUAAUGACAUGUUUGUAAAAUAUUUGUAUUAAUAUAAGCAUAGGCAGUCGAGAUAUUGUCUGGAAACUCAGCAAACGGUAAAACGACCUUAAUCAGUUGUGAUUUUAUGUUCACGCGACUUCACGUGACCAUGCACAAUAUUUUGAAUUUUGCUUCUUAAUUAUCUUAGCUUAACUGCCUGUUACAUAUAGAUCAGUGGCUGAGCUGUGCGAGCGCCCGGGCUGCAUGUUUGAACGAUAUGGAUGAUUGCUUCAUCAUGUCAAAAAUUUAUUCUCAAGAAGACAGAACAAAGACUUCGGCCGAGAUUCCAUAGCGCAUUUUGAAUGACUAUGAAAAUUUAAAAACUUUGUAAACAUACAUUUUUUGCUUCCACUGCUAUCUCCCAAACGUAAUCAUCAUCAUCUUCUCGAUCAGACGGUUCGGACUAUUGAUUUGCACUAUUCACGAUUUCUCAUUAUAUCCUCAAGUUGUUCCUUUGAAUUUCAGUAUUUUCCACAAUUUGAUUGACACAAAUCCUUGGAGCUCUUCUCCUCCACGCUCGUUCCCUGACCUUUCUUACUGUUGACGUAUCUUCCUCAAUUAGCCUUUCUCACGCUUGGUUUAUCCGCCAUUUGGGGGUACUGCCUGUCUCAAGUCUGUAGUUGUGUGUUUAAUGGUAAAUUUACAGUUACAACUUUGAAAAGUCGUUUUUCAAAUUGUUUAGACUGUCUAGAUUCUCUGACGUGAGGAGACAGUGCCCAAAACAUGGCGGAUAUUGACCCGCGUGAGAAGUCAUUACAAGUCUUCUUUUCUUACCUUGUGAUGGUUUCCAAUGGAUCAACUGACGUCUCCACCAAAUUCAAUAUUUUUUCACCAACAUUAUUACUUAUCCUACGUAGUUUCCAAAAGUAAAACAUCACAAUCUUUUUCUCGCAGGUCAGGACAAGCUGUGGUGGGAGAGAAGUAGAAAACAAAGCAACAAAACGUCCCUGACAACCAAACUAUUGAAGGAAAAAGUUUUGACUCGUCGCCAGCUAGACAGACUUUACGAUGAAUGGAAACAGAACUCCGUAAAACAUAGAAAAUCUAAUAAUAAAUAUACUGAAAUACUAUGAAAUGAAAAUAUACACUUACGGUAUAUAGACUUGAUUGUGUUGUGUGGUUAGAGAACCCUGAUAGCGUUGUAACCACUUGAAAUUUUGCAAUAAACUUCGCGUAGAGCGAAUACACAUUGUCAACAUAUGAGCACUUUUUCUGGCUGGAAAUUUUUAUAAUCUACCAAUGCUUUCACGGUUGAAAAAUUACUGUUACACUUUUGUUACAGUUAUUGAGUUAUUGUUCAAAUUAAGGCUUUCACUGUCAAGACGAUAUCGUCACAGGAUAUGGUGCUGUUUAUCUUUGUAUUUUGCUUAAUUAUUAAUAACGUUGAGAAUCAUUAAACCUACACACUAUUCACACUAUAAACACGAAGCUUACACUGGUCUUACGUUCUCAAUGUUGCACAAAUAACGUUGAGAAUCAUUAAACCUACACACUAUUCACACUAUAAACACGAAGCUUACACUGGUCUUACGUUCUCAAUGUUGCACAAAUUGCUUUUGCACAAAGUUCCCGACCUUCAACAGACUCCAGAUCGUAUAGACCGAGUAAAUAAUCUGCUGGUAAGGAGCCUGGGACAUACGAUAACACUUCAGCUAU